AUGGCUUUUUCUUUCUUUCUCACUUUCACUAUCUUUUUCUCUCUCCCUCUCUCUUUCUCUCUCACACCUUUUUCUCUUUCUCUCUCUCUCUCUCCCUCUCUCUCACUCUCUCAUUGUCACUCACUUUUUUCUCGUUCAUUUUUUCUUCUCUUUCAUUCUUUCUCUUUUUCUUUAACUCUCUUUCUCUCUCUUUUACUCUCUUUUUCUCUGUCAUUUUCACUCUCUUUUUUAUCUCUUUCUCUUUAUCUCUCACUCCUUUUCUCUUUCUCUCUCUCUCUCUCUCUCUUUCUCUCUCUCUCAUUUUCAGUCACUUUUCUCUCUCGUACACAUUCUCUUUUUCUCUCCCAUUCUCAUUCUCUCUCAUUUUUUUCUCUUUCUCUUUCUCUCUUUUACUGUGUCACUUUCACUCUCUUUUUUCUCUCUUUCUCUUUAUAUUUCACUCUUCUUUUAUCUCUCUUUCUCUCUUACUUCCCUACUUCUGUAUGUGCCUUUCUUUUUCUGCUCAUUUUUUCGUAA